AUGGUGGUCCGAACUAUCUAUCUACAGAUGGGACCACUGAUGUUGGCAACAUCCACUCUUAGUACAGUCGGCAAUCUUGGCAAUGUCUACAAACAUCAAGGGAAGUUAAAAGAGGCGGAAGAGAUGUACCAGCGAGCACUGGCAGGCUAUGAGAAAGCCCUCAGUCCAGAUCAUACUCCCACUCUUGAUAUAGUGAACAACUUUGGUAAUCUCUACUUUAAACAAGGGAAGCUGAAUAAGGCAGAAGAGAUGUACCAGCGAGCACUGACAGGCUAUAAGAAGGCCCUCGGUCCAGAUCAUACAUACACUCUUGAUACCAUUAACAACCUUGGCAUUCUCUCCAAAGAUCAAGGGAAGCUGAAAGAGGCAAAAGAAGUUUGCGAGGGAGAAUCGCCAGACAGUCAACAAGUCGCAAAUCUCAAUUUGGACAAUGGACGGCGGGCUAUAACUAGUUAG